CAACGGAACGAAGCUCUGAGAGUUUUAGCUUCCAAACUGCGUUGAGAUAAACCACGAUUGAAAACCUGGACAUCCGUGAUUCACUUCCGAGGAUUGACUUUUGAAGUUGACUUUUCGUUUUCAGCUGAAGACUUGAUACUUGAGCAAUCCACUGACACUUGACGAUCAGCGCUUCUUCUUUGGAUAACUUCAGUUUUUUCAUCAAGUGCUCCGUGCACCCGUUUCUUUCUUGCAGAGGAGAUAUGACCGCAUUAGCGGGGGGCAUUUCCAAGAUGAUGCGCCCCAUGCCACCCCAAAACUACCCGAGAGGAGGCUAUUCCUUGGAGGUCUCCACGCCGUUAGGUCAGGGCCGCGUGAACCAGCUCGGUGGAGUCUUCAUAAACGGACGCCCUCUGCCCAAUCACAUCCGCCACAAGAUAGUAGAGAUGGCCCAUCACGGGAUACGACCGUGCGUCAUCUCCCGACAGCUGCGCGUGUCGCACGGAUGCGUGUCCAAAAUUUUAUGCAGGUACCAGGAGACCGGAUCCAUUCGGCCCGGUGCUAUUGGUGGCAGCAAACCCAAGCAGAGCACAACUCCCGAUGUGGAAAAGAAAAUCGAAGAAUACAAGAGAGAGAAUCCAGGGAUGUUCAGCUGGGAGAUUCGGGAUAAACUUCUGAAAGAUGGGAUCUGCGAUCGAAAUAACGUGCUCUCAGUGAGCUCCAUUAGCCGCAUGCUGCGCUGUAAAUUUGGUGCAGGAAACGGAGAUGAAGAUGAGGAUGAUGAUGAAGUGGAAAAAAGGGAGAUCGAGGAAAACGAAAGAAGAGCCAAACACAGCAUCGACGGGAUUCUCGGCGACAGAUGGCUGCAGGGCUUUGUAUGGGGCUGUCAGACUCUUAUUCGUACCCCAGAGAGUGUAAGAUGUGGCUGGGCAGGGUCAAGGGGGAGUCCUGGGUCAGUGGCUGUGCAAACUCCCUCUCUGUUGGAAGUGCGGGUUAAGAUAAUGUGUUUGUUCAGUGUGACAGUAUCGGAGCAUCCCAGCACUGUGCACAGGCCUCAGCCUCUUCCCCCCACCUCAGUGCAUCAGACUGGGCUUGGCAGCGGACCGGGGGCCCAGGAGGGGAGUUCGGCCUACUGCCUCUCCUCUGGACGUCAUGGUUUCUCUAGUUACUCUGACGGCUAUGUGGCUGCACCUGGCCACGCGAACCCAGUGAACCCCUCCAUCAGCAACGGCCUUCCAUCACAGGUGAUGGGGCUGUUGAAUCCGGGUGGAGUGCCGCACCAGCCGCAGAGUGAUUUUGCCCUCUCUCCGUUGACGGGCGGUUUGGAGCCCAGCACAGGCAUGACUCCCAGCUGCCACUCCUCUCAGAGACUGGAGGCUCUGUCAGGCCUGCCCAGCAUGCCAACUCUGCCCAGCUCCCAGUCCUACUGCCCCUCCAGCUACAGUUCACCCGGGUACAGCGUGGACCACAUGGCGUCUUACCAGUACAGCCAAUACGGGCAGAGCAAGGUGCCUUUCAUUAUCUGAAACCCAGCAUUGACUGAAUGAAGACAGACAGGAAGGAGAU